AUGAAACAAAAUAUUAUUAUUUUUCUAUUAAUUUUAUUUGUUUUUUGUUUUUGUAAAAUAAAAUCAGAAAAUUCAAUAAUUGAUAUAUAUGAUAUUUCAAAAAAAAAAGUUGACACAUAUACAAGAUAUCCCUCAGACACAUAUGAAACACAAUGUGAUUUUGUAUUUUUUUUAUUAUUGGUAGAUAAUUCAAAUAGUGGACAAGAUUUCAAUGUUUAUACAAUUGAUUUUGAACCAAGUAUAAAUUUUACACCACUAUUUUCUAAUUCAACAGCACAAGUAAUUGGAGUAAAAGUUUACCAUGUUUUUGCUGGAAAUUAUUCACCAACCAUUUUUACAAGUUUUUCAAAUGAUUCUUCAAUAAAUAAUAGUAUAACUAUAAAUUAUUCUUGUCAAUUGAUUGAUCCCAAAACAUUAAAUUAUACCGUGUUUACUUAUAAUAAUAACUCAACUUCAAAUUCAAUUUUUAAUAUGGGAGCAGUAUUUUUUUUUAAUGUAAAAUCUCCAAUUCAAAGUAUAUAUACACCAUCUAAUAAUAAUUCAUACACUAGUACAUUUGGAGAAGGAAUGAGUUUCUUUGCAAUUUAUUCAACAAUAAAUUUUAAUGAGUAUAAUUCUUUAAAUAUUUUGUUUUGGGAUGAAAAUUAUAUAAAUAUCACUUUUCCUCAGGUUGAUUAUAAAAAUUCCAAUAAUAAAAAUACCCAAAUUAUAACGUAUCCUUCGAAAAUUGACAAUUUUAUUCAGUAUGGAGUAAACACUUUUCCUCUUUAUAAGUUUACAUCAAAUGCAACCAAUAAAAAUCCAUUUAUAUAUAGUAUUGGCCAAUCGAGUUCAGUGGAUCGUCCAGUUCCAAUAUACCAAAGUAAAAAUGGAGAUUUAACUUAUUUAGGAAAGCUUUCAGAAUUUUAUCCUUCACAUGUUACAGUUUUUUGUCAAUAUGAUGAUAAAUUUUUACCAAUUUUUAAUAUAACUUAUAAUAUGACAGAGUUACCAUUGUAUAUUAGUGGGAAAUUUAAUAUUAUAUAUACACCACCGAAUGAAACAAAUUUAGUAAAUACUUUCAUUUUCACAUUGUUUGGAAAUUCAACACGUAAAUAUGAUUAUACAAUGAUUAGAUGCAUCACAGAACAAAUACAAAAAAUAUUUUAUUUUCCAUUUGGUUUUAAACAUGGAACAAACUUUAAUUUCCAAACCAAAGUUUCAUUUUUGCAACAACUCAAAUCUUCAACUACAGGUAAUAAUUAUAGUUUUCAAAAUGAUAAUUUUAAUAUUCUACCAAAUCAAUAUAUAAACUCAACAGGAGAGAAACCAGAAAUUUUAUUUUUUGAAAUGGUUCAUUUGUUAGAUUGUAACUUUUUAAUAAGAAUUAAAAUGAAAGAUUUUUUUUAUUUAUAUGUACACAAUGAUUUAGGUUACAAAGUAAUUGGAUUUGAAUCAUUGGUUAGAAUGGAAAAUGAUGUUGGACUAUAUGAAUUUGUAUUUGACUAUAUAACCAAUGAAUUUGUUGGUUUAGAUGUUUAUGAUACAUUAGGAAGGUCUAGAAAAUAUAACGUUGGAGAUUUUAUUUCAUUAAACCCAAUAACUACAAUUAAUCCAUCCCAUCAAAAAUUAAAUUCUUACUUUAUACAUAAUGUUUCCUUUUUACUGAAUGAUAUUGAUGUCACAAAUAAAUCAGUAGAUAAUAUUUUAUUUUUUAAUUAUGAUGGAAUCGAUACAAAUACUCCAAUUAUAUUCAUUUUAAGUGAUUAUGUAUCAAUAUUAUAUCAAAUUAACAACAUUACUUUUGGUACUUGGAAUUCAACCAUUUCAAAGUUUCAAAUUCAAUUUACAGUACCGGCAAACACUCAAUUAGGUAACUUUCCAUGGAUUUUAAUGAUUGGCAAUGGUGUACCAUUAAUUAGUGAAGUAUUACCUGAUUCUUAUCAAUUAAGAAUAAAAUCAACUUAUUUUGAUGCAUAUGGUCCAAUAUUUGAAAAUGUUAUUAAAAUUAAUAAUGGUAAUUAUAUUGGUUUUAGGUUUGUAAUUAGUGACCCUAUUAAUGGAUUUUUAAAAGGAAAAAUUGUUGUAAGAGGUGAAAUGGAUGGUUCAAUUUAUACUUUUAAUUUAAAUGAAAACCAUAUAAUUAAAGGUGAUAUUUAUUUGGGUGAAUACGAAAUUAAUAUUACAUUAUCAAGUGUAUGUGCAUCACAAUACUAUUUAAUUACAGAUGUUGAAUUAUGGGAUAGAUCUUUGAAUUUAAAUCAAUUUUCAACUUGGAAAGCAGUCAAUUUAUUAACAAAUCCAUUCAUCAAUUAUUUGAAUGACUCUGAAAUCAAUAGAAUAUAUAAACAAUGUAUUGGUGUUAAUGAUGGAAUAGAUGAAUCACCUCCAGUUCUUUUAUCAUUUGAAGCCAAUAGAACUGUUAAUAGUGAUGGUUCCCAAAUUAUUUCUUUUAAUUUUCAAGUUUUCGAUGAAGAUACUGGUUUAAAAGAUGAACAAUUUCCAACUGUUUAUAUUUCAACUGGUUAUUUAAGAGUGAUUGAAGGGAAAUCAAAAUUAUUAUACAAAAACAAUUCAACUGCAACUUUUACUUGUGAUAUUGACAUUCCAUAUGCUUUUGGAUAUAAACAAGAUAUAAUUUUUAGUGUUUAUGGUUUUAUUAAUAACGGUGGUUAUUUUAGUGGUUAUUCAACUGAAUGUUUAAAGAAUAGUUCUUUCAUUUAUUCAAUACCCGAUUUACCGAUAGUAGAAAGAUUAUUUAUUGAGGGUACUACUAAAAUUACCUCGACUGGAAAUAAGCUAUGGAUAAUGGGUACAAAAUUUGGUCCAAAUCAACUUGUUCAUAUUAAAUACUAUUCAGAUACAGAUUUUUCACAAAUUUCUCAACCAACUAAAGUAUAUGGAGUUACCAUGUUAAUUGAAGAUAUAAAACCAACAGAUAAACCAUUUAUAAUUAAAAUUGUCGAUAGCAGUCCGAUAGUUAUUAAUAAUAAGGAAUCAAAUCAUUUUGUGGUAACUCCAAAAGUUUUUAAAUAUCCACCACCAACAAUUUUUCCAACUUUAUCUCCAAUCCCAACAAAUAAGCCACAAAAAUGUAUAGGUGAACCUGAAUGUGGUGGUAAGAAUCAAGGUUAUUGUUCACAAUCAGGCUGUAUUUGUUAUCAACCAUGGGUUGGUAUUGAUUGUGGUUCUCAAGUUAUUAUCAUUCCACAACCAUCAACAAAUACAUCAACACCAACUGUUGAAAUUCCAAUUAUACCUGGAAACAAUAACAAUACAAACAACAAUAACCAAACAACAAAUUAUUACAUUUUUAAAUCAUUAAUAUCAAUUGUAUCUUUAAGAGAAUUAGAUUUUCAAUCAAAACCAAUCAAAUCAUUCACAUUUGAAAAAUGGAUUUUUACCACAAUAACAAAUUCUAAAAGUAAAUAUGAAGCAAUGAUUUUAAAUGAAAAUAUUACAACAACAAUAACAGUAAAUAUUGAAUGGUUUAAAGAUUCAACAAACAUUUCCUUUGCAAAUUCUCAAAUGACUAUUGAUGCAUCUAGUGUGAAAUAUACAAUUGAAAUUUCGGAAUAUAAAUUUUCAAAUAGUUUAAAUCAACUACAAUUAGUUAUGUCUGCAUCAUUCGAAACUGAUAAUAAUAAUGAUAUUUGCUCAUUAACAAAAUUUGGUGAUAGUUCAAAGGAUGACAAUUCAAACUAUUUCAAAAUUCAAAUUGAUGAUCAUUCACUUUAUGGAAGAUUUAUUAAACGUGCUAUUAUUGAUAAUUAUGUUAGAUCCAUUGAUAAUGUCUUAUUAGAUUCUUCAAUGGAAACAAUAAAAACACCAUCAACAUCACAAUCAUUCAUAGGUAUUACCAUUCCAAAUUAUAAACAAUCUAUAAUUGUAGAUCCUGAUUUUUCAGUUUUAAUUGAUUCAAAAUCAGUUUCAAAUGAUGAAGAAUAUUCAAUUUGUAAAAGUAAAUCAAAGUUAACCACAACACAACUAAUUGGUAUCAUUAUUGGAUCAGUAGGAUUUGCUGCUGUUAUUAUUUUUUCAAUAACCUAUUUCAUUAUUAAAAAACAUCGUGAAUCUAGAUUUACUAAAUCAUUCGAUAAAAAAUUAAAAAAAUUGGCAGAAAACAAAUAA